GGUUCAGAGAAAUAUCUGUAUGAUCUGUCGAUCUGGAUCGAUGCUAGAGGGGGAUAACUGUGUGUUAGCUUGAAAUCUGGACUGAAAUGGCAUCUUCUUCGUGGUCUUACUUUCUGGUCUUAGCUGGUGCAAAUGGCCCGAUCUGCUUGACUCGAAAGAUGUCUCUUAGAGCGUACCCGAUCUCGCUCAGCCGGACAUUCGUGUCUGUUAUUGGCGUUCAGCUUGUUUGGCCAUGUUAUGGCUUGGAACUGAAAUGGGCAUGGCUCAGGCCCCGUCGCCCCCAACCCGCAGUUGAAGUGUAUGUGGCAUGCAAGCCUUGCCGUCGAUGCUCUGAAACCUCUCUGAGUGUCUGUUUCCCUCAGACAACUCACGAAAGAAACUUAGCUAUAUUUGGAUAGAGGUAGAGAGCAGCCAGUCCUUUUUUGGGGGCCCGAGGUAGGGGAAGCUCGAAUCCUGAAGCAUGCUGCCCAUCCAUAAAAAGGCCUGCCAUUUCAGCCAUAAC